AGCAGAAUAUGCUUUCCUCUGCUCCGCAAAUAUCCCUUCCUCUUCCCUCGCUGCGAUUACGGGUUCCUUGAUAAAUUAAAACAUUUCUAUCUUCUCCUCCUCUUUUCUUUUGCUGACGACAAAGAUCAUCGCUGAUAUUUCUCUUCAUUCGCUUUCUCUCGCAGUCGAAGAAGUGAAACUGAAAAAAAAAAAAAAAAACAGAAACUAUGGAGCUUGUUGGGGAGCUCUUUCUCACGGCCUCUCUCGCGGUCCUCCUUUCUUUUCUCGUCGCCAAACUCGUCGCCAUGGCCAUGGCGGUUGGUGAUUCGGACAACAAACCGCUGAGGGUUUCCGAUGAGGGCGUCGUUGAGACGGAGGUGAGGUACGAGGAGAGUUUGAGAGUUCGGAGUGCUGAGAGCGAGAGGAGAGUUGAAUUUGUUGAAGAAGCCGUCGAAAAGGUCGAUCGUUUAGGCGGGGAAAUUUUGGAAGAACUGCAGCAUAGUCAAGUGGAAGGUUUCGAAGGUCAACCGGAGACCGUUGGAUCGCCGGGGGAGCGGACAUCGGAGGGCGAAGAGAGGUCGUUGGAUGAGAGAGCUUUGGACUUCAAUGCUAAAGGAGUCGAUGAAGCUGGCGCCGAUGAUGAUUCAGCGGAAGAAGGUUCGGAGAAUAGAGGAGUUGAAGAAACUAGUGCGAAAUCGGCGGCGAACGACGUAGUUUCUCUGCAAACUGAAGAGGUCAGGGUUGUAAGAAGUGAAUUGGAGGAAAAGGAUGAAGUGAAUGAGGUUGAAUCGCAUAAUAUCGGCGACGAGGAUGAUUGGGAAGGGAUUGACAGGAACGAAUUGGAGAACGAUUUCGCCGCGGCCGUGAAAUUCGCGGAGGCUGAAGCAAAGGACGGCGGUCGUCCGGCGGUCCUCGGGAGCCAUGUACAGAUGGAGUUGUUCGGACUUCGCAAGGUUGCGACGGAGGGGCCUUGCCACGAGCCUCAGCCUCCGGCUCUAGACCUCUCUGCCCGUGGCAAGUGGAAUGCUUGGCAAAGGCAGGGAAAAAUGACUCCAGAGAUGGCAAUGGAACAGUAUGUUACCAUUCUUUCAGAGAACGUUCCGGGUUGGAUGGACGAUCAUUUUGCUGGAGAGAGUAGAGAAAAGCCUUCGGAGGAAGAGAUGGCCGGCACUGCUGCUCCUGUUUCUGGCACAUUAUUGCACGCUCAACCAAAUAUUGCAAGCGAGAGGGAAUCGAAACUGAAGUUUGGAGCUGAGAAAGAUGAUUUUACUGGGGCUUCAGACUUGGAGAACAGGCCCACAGGAUGACAGCGUGGUUCUGCCUCUUGAUUUUCCGGACCACAGGUGCUAUUCUUUCGGUUUACUCAACUAAAACAGGAAAAUUUCUUAUGACGGAUGGAAAUAAAUAAAAGGUGCUUGAAGUGCUUGUGGUUCUUGGGCUAUGUAUACUAUCAUUUAAUUUAUCUAUAAUUAUGAUGAUGCGUGUAUAAUGCAUACUAAUGGCAAUAGUAUGGCAAUAGUAUGUUUUGUGCUUAUGUGCAUGUAUAUAUACAAGAUUUACCUAUGUUUGAAAUUCCUUUCCUUGUGGUUGAAGUUAAACUAUUGAUA